GCGGCGCCCGCGGCUCUAACAUGUUAAACAGCGCAGCGGGACUACCUGGAAAAACUCCAAUGGAUCCGUGUGCUGGUUCUGUGAGCGGAGCGCUUCAAGAGGCCAUAGCGGAGCUCUCUAAAAUUAGUGAUGGCGACAGGCUGGUUAAAGUGCUAAGGAGUGUUAAACGUUAUAUGACCACGGAGAACGGCUCUGCCCCAGACCAGGACAAAGCAGAGUUUAGGAGGACGCACUACACCCCGUUCCUGAGGUUUUUAGUGGGCCAGAUGGGGCCCCAGUGGGCAGCCCUGCUGACUUCAGAGAGGAUGGAGCUGUGGGACAGUUUCUUCCUGGAAGGACCGGCGGAUCAGGCGUUCCUGGUGCUGAUGGAUAGUUUGGGUCACACUGGGCCCAGCAUCUGCCGAGACCGUUGUGCGCAUGUUCUGGAGCGAUUCCUGCAGCGGGAAGCACUGGCCGAUGUAAUCUGGGAGGUUUGCCGGCAGCAGCUUGAGGCUACCCCAACCCCUGUCCUGCAUGAGGCUAUCCUUGGGAGGAUAUGUAGCUUACCGGAUCAUGUAGCCAACUGCCUUCAAAAACACACAAAGCCCUUCUUCUAUCCGAAGAACUAUUACCCUUGUGUGGCAGGCUCCAUCUUACGUGUCCUGCGCAUGGUCUCCGAUUCCCUCAGAGACGGCAAGGGCUGCUCCAUAUCCUUUGUGUCUCAAGUCCUGGGCAAAGUCUGCAUGCAAGGGAGGCAAAAGGAAUUGCUUUCCGUCCUGGUGCCACACCUGAUCACCCUUGUCCAAUCAGAUUGUAUCUGGCAGAGGAUCUGCUGGCGAUUGGUGGAAUCUGUGCCAGACAGAUGGAUGGAGCCGGUAGUCACCGGGUUUGUGCAGAUAGCCCAAGGAUCUUCAGCUCUAUCCAUAUUGCUGGGGGAUGUGGUUUUGAAAAACAAGAAGGCAGAAUUCCUGCUUACCCAAAAGAUGCUGUUUCUGCAGUACGGCCUCAAGAAAGGGGAACUGCAAAGCAUUCUGGGAUAUAUUUCAAUGGAUAAUAGCCGCAGACUAUUAUUGGUCAAGAUCUUGCGGCAGCUCCUCGAGGUUUGGUCAUCGGGCAGUGUGGUCAAACAUUCUCCCCGUGCCCAGCUGCUGCACGUAAGCCGCUCCAUCCUCAUCUGUCUGAGUCUUCUUAACAAGGAGGAGAUAGAGUCCUGUCGGACAGACCUACUCUUUGCAUUGACCUCUGGAACCCGCUUUUACUUGGAUAGUUCUCUCCCUAACAACAGAUACCUGGGAAUGGUAGUGGCUGAAUGUAUAAGCCAACACAUUGACUCUGAGGGUGCCAAGCUCUCGUUUCAGUAUGAGGAGGACGAGGAGAUCAAAGAACUGAAGUCCUUGCUAUCACCUCCUUGUGUUUGCUCCUCCGACCUCGGAGACAGAGUCAAGGUCCCGUUGGAGAGCUCACCUUCCAAAGUGUCACUUCCCAGAAAUGAUGUUAAACCCGAGGAAAGCUCCAAGUCUGAGCACAGAUCUGAUUCAGAACUCGACAGUGAUGAUGACCUGACGCCGUAUGACAUGAGCGGGGAUACAGAAUUAAAGAACUGCAACGCCCCGGCCUAUAUCCGUGACUGCAUGGAAGUGCUGUUGUCUGAUGACAUUGACAAAGUAGAGGUGGCCAUGACAUCCCUGGCGACGCUGAUCCGUGGAAAUGUAGCAGCCACCAAAGAGGUCAGCGUCGAACUUUCCAAGAUCCUGUUGCAUCUCGAUGACCGACCCGGCAUUGAGAACUUUCCGCAGCUGCGUCACGGAGCUCUGGUGGCUGUCACGGUGGUGGACCCCGUGCCGGUUUCCCAGUAUCUUACUGGUGAGUUCUAUUCCCUUAACUACAGCCUGCGGCAGAGGAUGGAUAUUUUAGAUGUGUUGGCAUCGGCAGCAAAGGACCUUUCUGAGCUGGUGACCACCGGUAAAGCGGUGGCCCACAAUCUCCGCUCUGCCAGCAAGCUGAGAAAUACCGAGGCUCCUGUCGACUGGAGGAAGGUUGUGGAGGAGAGGAUUGAAAGCAAGACGCGGAGGUUCGCCAAGGGGUCUUCAGUUGCUGCUCCAGUCUCGGCCCCGAACAGUUUCCAUCCCGUAGCCGGACAUUUCUUCUUCCCUCUCAUUCAGAACUUUGACAGGCCUGUUGUGACAUUUGACCUCAUGGGAGAGGACUGUCUGGUGCUCGGACGGAUGGUUCACACUCUUGGUAUCUUGAUGCACCUUGCAAUACACGCCACGGUUGCACCUCAGAUGGGGAAGGCACUCUUGGAAUUUGUGUGGGUUCUCCGAUACCACAACGAUUCGUUUGUGAGACAAGGUCUCCUGUUUUGCGUCUCCACCGUUCUUCUGAGCGUACCUUGGGAGCGGCUAAUGACGGACAUGGUAGAGGAGAUCCUGGAAACCCAGCGUUGGUUGGCAGACGUGACGGAGAAGGACCCCGAUGAUGACUGCCGUCGAAUAGCUUUGAACGGCCUGCUGCUGAUGGAGAAGAUGAGAAAAAACCUUCAGGGGAAAUCCUAGCAGCGGGGGGUCUUCGGUCCAUAAAGCCGCACUUAUACAGAAUGUGUUAUAUGUGCCGUUAUAGAAAUCAUUCCACGACCAGCUAAUGUUUAAUAAAAUCUUGUUAAGUCAUGUUUUGCUGGAAACAA